AUGGACGGAUACAACCAUCGGUCGAAGCGCCGUCGUCUGGAUCCGUCUCCGGUGCGGCCGAAUGGCUUCAUCAAGUCGCCUACCGAGUCCUCGUCCGACGAGCUGGCUGCGGGCUCCGAACACGACGAGGCCGAGCGCCGUCGCGCCAGUUGGUCUAUCCAGAAAGCCGUGCCUCCCAAGCGCCCCUACCGGCGAUCGCGCAGCUACAGCGGCUCCGAGAGCCCGGACGAACUGACCAUGGAUGCGGAAGACUACUGGCGCUCGCGCGGUCGCGGUCGCAAGUCGCCCUCGGAGGUGAGUGCGGAGCCGUCGUCGGAGCAGUACCCGGACGAGGGUGAGGGCGACGGCGACGCAGAGGACGCGGAGGAGGAAGAUGAAGGAGUGGAGGCGGAGGAAGAGGAUGCCGGAGCGGAAGGGGAUGCAGAAGACGUUGAAAUCGAAGACGUGGAGGAAAUCCCCGCAGACGUUGAAGAGCCUGAAGCCGCCGCUGCGGACGACGCCGACGCCGCGCCCGAACAGACAUAUUCAGAUCGAUCUCCCACGCCCGUCCCUCCACCUCCGCCGCCGCCGCCGCCCAAGCCCGACAAGUUGAAUUACCAGCAGAAGUUCUUACUCCGGGGACACCUCCGCGGAGUCUCGGCGGUGCAGUUUUCUCCAGAUGCCUCCAUGAUCGCCAGUGGGGGUGCCGACGGAGCGGUCAAGGUCUGGGAUACGCAGAGCGGCCGUUUGAUCCAUACCUUUGAAGGCCAUCUUGCGGGGGUGUCGACCAUCUCGUGGGGGCCUGACGGCGCGAUAAUUGCAUCGGGCUCAGACGACAAAACCAUUCGUCUGUGGAAUGUGCUGACGGUACGUAUUCAUUUCUGUAUCCGAAGUCUUUCCUACGCUGCACUGGACGAUAGCUAA